CCUAUUUUGUUGUAAAAAUUCACCAAAAAAAAAACCUACAUCCGCUAACCCUGUUAUUAUCAAAAAGAGAUUCAAAGCGAAAAAUAAAAGAUUGAAUUUUUUUGGAUUGAUUUGCUUCAAAGUCCAUUUGGAAUCUUCUUCUUUGUUCUUGAAAUCAUAGUUUUGCUAAUCUUUAAUUGCCCCCUCUUUCUCUCUCUCUUUUUUUUUUUUUUCCAAAUACCCACUGAUCAUUUUUCAAAAAUCCCAAAACAGAACAAGCUUAAUCUAGUUGUCUUCACUCUCUUUGUUUUGUUUUUUUUUUUUUUUUCCUUUCUCUACAACUUGUAGAUUUUAUUGGGCGGCUUGAAAGCAAAUACAAUCAACAAAACCAAAUACCCAACAAAAUAUGAGGUAAUAACUUUGGAGACAAAAGGAGCAGAGGAUCUUCCUUAUGCCCACUUGAUAUUUCAAUUUUCUUUUGUUUGUAUUUUGUUAUUUGUAUUAAUCCUUUCUCACCCAUAAAAAAGAACCGCUUUUGAUUGUAAGAUUGAAAAGAAAGGGAAAAUUUGUAACUUUAAUGGCAGGAUGGUCAAUUUUAACAAAUGGGUCUGCUUUAGAUUCUGUAGGACUUGUAAAUAAGUGUCAAAGUAAUGGUUGUCACCUAGAUGUUGGUCCUGUAGCAGGGGAUAGUGUUGAAAAGUUUGGGGAUUACAAGGAUAGACUAAGAUGCUUGUUUGAUCUGGUUCUUUCUGGUUAUCUGAAAGAGGUUGCUGGUAAGGGUUUUGUUAGGCCUAUUCCAGCAAUGCUUGGAAAUGAUGGGCAAUCACCAGAUUUGCUCAAGCUUUUCCUUGUAGUUAGGGAGAUUGGAGGGUAUGAGUUCGUGUCGAAAAAAGGGUUAUGGGCUUCUGUAGUGAAAGAAUUAGGGUUGGAUCUUGACGUUUCAGCUUCAGUUAAAUUGAUAUAUGCCAAGUAUCUGCAUGAGCUGGAAAAAUGGUUGAGGAAUGGUUUUGGAGAUAGACAUGGGGAGGGUAAAUGUGGUGGAAAUUUUGGGUUCUUGUCAUUGGAGCAAGAGGAAGAAUUUAGAGGUUUGUUUACAAAUGGGGUUGAUCAAAAAGUGGUGGUAAACAGAGUGGCUCUAUCGGAAUAUAUAAAACAUGACAAGUUCAUUGGUAAGGAUACUCAUAAUGGAUUGAAAAUUUCAGAUGCCAACGAUAGGUGUAGAUUGCACAAUGGUGUCGAGAAACUGUUUGGUGAUGAUGACGAAAAAUUAUGUAGAAAUGAUCUCUUAGUGCUGGAUUCACCGGUUGCUAGGAAAGAAUAUAGCACUCGGAAGAGAAAAAGAAAAUCUUUAUUAGGUAUGCUGAAUUGGGUAAUCCAGGUUGCAAAAUGCCCUGAUGAUCCUUCAGUUGGGGCAAUAUUGGACCCAUCUAAGUGGAAAGACCAUGGAGGCAAUGAAUUCUGGAUACAAGCCAUCAGGGCACGUGAAGCUUUAAGGCAGAAAAGGGAUGAUCAUUCAAACAUUGAAAAGGCUUUCUUUCAGAAUAAUCAAAAGAUGCAUCCAUCCAUGUAUGAGGAUGACUUUCUUAGUCACCCUUUUACACAUAGGUUAAGAUGCAAUGAGAGACUUCCUACAUCGAAAUCUUGUUCGUGCUCUUGUUGCUGUGCUGGUUCAGCCUUAGAGAACAACUUGAUGUGUCUCCACAAGGCACAAUCUGAAUAUGGUCCUAAUGAGCAAUCCCUUGUAGCUGUUGGCUUAUCCUCCUUAGAUAUGAGUACAACUGCAGGGCCAUCUGGGGAUGAUUCUUUUAGAAGACAAGUGUCUGUGGGUCCCCUUUAUCAAGCUGAAGUCCCUGAAUGGACUGGUAUGGUUUCUGAUACUGACUCUAAAUGGCUAGGCACACGGGAAUGGCCCUUAAAAGGUAGAGAACAUGAUUCCUUAGCUGUAACAGAUCCAAUUGGUAGGGGAAGACCAUAUUCAUGUGGCUGUCAGAUUCCAGGCUCUGUUGAAUGUAUUAGACUUCACACUGCUGAGAAGAGGAUGAAAUUAAAGCUUGAACUAGGUUCAGUGUUCUACCGUUGGAGAUUUGAUGGGAUGGGUGAGGAAGUCUCACUUCGCUGGACGGCUGAAGAAGAAAAGAGAUUCAAGUAUAUGGUACAAUUAGAACCACCAUCUUUAAAUGAAUUCUGGCCUAAUGCAUUCAAGUUUUUUCCCUGGAAGACUAGGCGAGACUUGGUAAGCUAUUACUUCAAUGUCUUUCUUAUCAGGCGUAGAAGUUAUCAGAACCGUGUCACUCCUAAAAGCAUUGAUAGUGAUGAUGAUGAAUCUGAGUUUGGAUGCAUAAGUGACAGUUUCGGAAGCGAUGCCCUUAAGAUUCCUGGCUCAAAUAUGUUGACAUGUUCUCAAAAUAAUCAGUGCAUUGACUGGGAAUCAGAUGAAUACUGAUGAAGACUUAUCAUGUUGAUUAGAUCUGGCGCCACUGUUUGAACCAAUAGUUGAACCUUCUCUUUUUUUCUGUUUCUUUGCAACUUACCAUACAGCAUCACUCAGUUACCUCAAAAUCUCCAUGGGAUAGGUUAAUGACACUGAUGAUACAGUUUUCAAAUGUGCCUGGGUGGAAUUUGGACCUUGCUUGGUUCCUUGGCUCUGGUAAAAGAAAAUGUGCUAGUGUACAAUACCUGUUUUAGGAUAGCUUUAUACUUUGCUUUUGCAUCUGUGAAUACUGUUAUAUUCUUAAGUAACAACUUUGGACAGAGGAAGAUGGAAGUGGGAGACAAAAGAUGCAGCUUCCGCUUCUUCAAUUCUAAGUUUUAACUUUCAUUUUUCUCUUAAAUGAUUUAUACAUUUGCCCUAAUGAAUUCAUUCAUUUGUAUGUCAAGGUUGUGUUUGGGUGGUUCUCUUUUCUCACCAAUGCUGCCAUCUUUUUAUGUUUAAUUUGCCUGCAGGUUUGAUAGAAAGUCACCAUAAACAGAUUCUUCUCCCGAAUUUUCUUGUAGACUAAUGUCUAAAAGCCAACUUCUGAUGACUUUUAUACAACUUUUAGCACAUUUCACUCAGAUAUUUUUCAUUGAUUCAAUCUUUAUUAUUGAUCAUUAUAAAGAAUUUUUGUUUUUACUGAAAAGCAUACCUGUUGAUGGCUUGUCAUAUGGAAGUUCAUUUGUGUAUCAUCAGAUAAAAAC